CUUCCAGGAGCCGGUGUCUGUCGGAGGUCUACGUACAGUGUUGGUCUGCGAAUUUUUUGUCAGCUGUUUACAAAACACUGCGUGGAGUUUCGGCGUGAACUGGGACGUUUUUUAUUUUCUGGCUCCUGGACCACCGGCGAGGUUUUUUUCCUCCUUCUUCUUCUUAUCCGGAUGAAAGGAUCGCUACCGCAUAUUCUGGUUCCCGCAAACCGGACUUAACGGCUCUCCACGGGAUAAACUAUCCAGAUAAAAACAGCCUGCUUCUCCCAGCCAGAACGCACCGUGGUCGGAUACAGGAAUGCUGCUGUCCAAGCUCAACUCUCUGGCCCACAUCUCCGCCGUGGACAUGCCGGCGAAACUCCAGGUUCACCCAGUGAAGGAGAGGGAGCCGUUCGAGAAGCUGUACCAGGUCGGCGCGGUGCUGGGCAGCGGGGGCUUCGGCACCGUUUACUCCGGUACGAGGAUAGCCGACGGAGCUCCGGUGGCUGUUAAACAUGUAGCCAAGGAUCGGAUCUCCGAGUGGGGAGAGCUGCCCAACGGCUCCCGGGUGCCCAUCGAGAUCGUGCUGCUGAAGAAGGUCGGCACCGGCUUCCGCGGCGUCAUCAAGAUGCUGGACUGGUUCGAGCGGCCCGACAGCUUCAUCAUCGUCAUGGAGCGGCCCGAGAACGUCAAGGACCUGUUCGACUUCAUCACCGAGAAGGGUGCCUUACCGGAGGAGCUAGCGCGGAGCUUCUUCCGCCAGGUGCUGGAGGCGGUGCGCCACUGCCACAGCUGCGGUGUGGUGCACCGGGACAUCAAGGACGAAAACAUCCUCAUCGACCUCCGCACCGGCGAGAUGAAGCUCAUCGACUUCGGCUCCGGAGCGCUGCUCAAGGACACCAUCUACACGGACUUUGAUGGCACAAGAGUUUACAGUCCUCCAGAGUGGAUCAAAUACCACCGCUACCACGGCCGUUCUGCCACGGUUUGGUCGCUGGGCGUCCUGCUGUACGACAUGGUGUGCGGCGACAUCCCAUUCGAGCACGACGAGGAGAUCACAAGGGGGCAGGUCCUCUUUCGAAGGAGAAUCUCCACAGAAUGCCAGCAGCUGAUCCAGUGGUGUCUGUCUCUGCGGCCGGCCGACCGCCCGUCCUUCGAGGACAUCAUCAACCACUCGUGGAUGCAGAGCUCGUCGUCCUCUGUCGUCCCGUCCACAGUGCAGACGGAGAAGUCACCUGCCGAGAUCCGGCUUCUCAGCAUUGGACACGAGCCCACGGCCUUCACGCCGACCCCGGUGGCCGUGGCCCGGUGAUGGAGACGAGCCACUCUGGUCCGGACCGGACUGCGCACUGACACCAGAGACUGUUUGCAAAAAAAAAAAAAGACUGAUAUAAGAGACUUGAAACAGAGAGGGGUGGUGUGACGGACUACAUCCAUCAGAGCCGCCACCCGCCGACCCUCUCCGCCCUCGCUGACCCCAACUACUUGAUUUUUCUCCCAGCGCCAAGCGUCACCCUCGGCCCGACGGAGGGCUUUUUGCUCCCGCCAUGAGCAAACAAAAACAGUUCACGUGCCGACUGUUGCGCUUUAACGGCGAGAGGACAGCCUCAGUUAUGUAACCUCCUCGCUGCUCUGUUCUCUGCUCUCUCCUUCGAUUUGAUUUCGCAGCAGAGAGGGAAGAGCCAGGGGCGUCGGCGAAGAGGGAAAAGUGCCUUCUGUGAGAUUGUUGGGGGGGGUCAGGGGGCCCUGAAAAUACUUGAAUUUGUGAAAGCAAAAAGGCUCCACAACUCGCCGACCUUUUUUGCUCCUUACUCUGGCUUUAUAUUAUUUUAUUGCUGUUAUUUUUUUUUCUCUCGUGGGCCUAGAUCAGUAAAGCCCAUGUCAUUUUACAACCACUACUAUCACUACUACUACUCCAAUGUCAUUAGCAACCAGACAACCUCAUAGCUGCGGCAGCAACCUGUGCAAACAAGUCAUAAAAGAGAGAGGGAAAAAAAAGGAAGAAGAAACACUGGACUUACCUCAGUCGACUCUACUACAGCAUCCACCUCUACUCUACAAUCUCCGCUUCCUCCUCUUCCCGUGUAAACAAACACAAAGGCUUCGGUUUUCAUUCACACCCACCUGAAUGCACACCACAAUGCAAACCAUACCGAGAUACAACAUCCUCUGCUCUUCACUUUUUUUAUUUUUUUACUUUUUUUGAUAAACAGUGCCUCACGCAGGUCUUUAAAAAGUCCUUGGGGGACGAGAAUUGUAAAUAAGAACGAUAUUUAUUAUUGCUGUGACUCUUUUCACACACUCGAUGAGCAGUUUUUUUGCCUCAGAAUUUAUUUAUUUAUUUAUGGAGAGAAUUUUUCGGCUGUUCGUAUAUAUAAAUAAAUAUAUAUAUCAUUCCACAGUCACUGAAGGGCCCACAGAUUAUUUAAAAAGCAAAACAAAGAUUUUUUUCUGACCAUGUUUAUGGCUUGAAAUAUUUUUUUUUUUAAAGAGCAGACGUGUGUGUGUAUGUUUGUGUAUGUCAUGUAAAUAACGUGUAAAUAGUCCUGAAAAGCACUUCCAUCUUAAUGUAUGUAAAAACAUCCAACAUCUACUGAUGGUAACUGGUUUUGUUACGCUGUGUGAGUGGAUUCUGAAUGUCGGACGUGUGAAUGUGUCAGUGUGUGUUUGAGGAAAAACUCUUCUGGCUGCAUGAUCGCAGCUUGGAUUGUUGUUUGUUUUUUUUUUCAUCCAUUCAAAUUAGAAUUGUAAAUUAUGUUAGAAACUAUUUUUAUACGAUAUCAAUAAAUAUUUUUUUAACUAUGA